AUGUCUGCUGCCAAGUUCCAGUCUCCAUCGUACAAGCUUUUCGAGCCAGACAUUCACUCCGAGAAGCCGAUAAUCGUUGGCGUGGACGAAAGGCUCGAGUCGCCCGACACGCUUACUCUCAAGUACGAAGAAGCUGCACGAGCAGCCUGUGGGACGGAAUCACGCAGGGACUCUCACGCCUCAGUCUUGGAAAUGGCAACCUACAGCAAAGCGCAGUUGCCGUCGAUGCACGGCUACGAUGCCAGUCGCUACCAGGAUGCAUCAUAUGAGCAAUACCCGACGCAGUCCUUUUCUGCGCAGCAGACAGACAAAUUUGCUCAACUCAACCAGCAGUCUUUUGCCUCGAAUGGCGCGGUGGCACAGUACAUCCCGACAGGCCCGACGGUCCUGUCUUGUCAGCCGACAACAGGCAUGUUCGGCACCAAGGUCUUCUUGAAAAUCUCCUCGCAGUACGACAUGUUCGCCAUGUCUCCGAUGCCGUACUUUUGUCUUUACUUCGGGUCUGAAAAAUGUCCCGUCCAGGAUUUGGCGAGGGACUCUCAGGACAGCACAGGCUUUGUAUACUCGUGCAGCGCUGAUGCGCCACAAAUGGUGGUCACGGGCUGUUCCGGCAAUAACGUGCCACUGUCACUGGUGACUGAGGGCCCGUCGGGCGAAGAGAUCUCGCGGACAGUGGCCGGGUCGUUUCAGUAUCUCGAAGGGUCUGGGGACGACAUCACGCGGACAGCCAAAAUCCCCAAGCAUGACUCCACGGCACCUGGACCCCAAUCUGAUCAGCCGAGUGCAUCACCCAAAACUGUCGAAACUCACCUUUCGACAGAUGCGGCUACAAAUAGUUAUGACUACCCGCCACAGCAAGGUCAAUAUGCGAACGACUUCUCGCAGGGCAACGGCGACAUGAUCUCUACGUACAGGACCACCAGCUUCACAGAUCCUCACUACCAUCGACGGUCGGCGCCGGGAUGGAGCGGCUUCGGCGGGACUCUGGGUAGCACGGGGAGGUCGCACAUGCUGGAUCAUGCUGGGCUGGGGACAGGGCGACCAAGCUUGACGCCACUGCCGAUGCCGUCGACGACAAGCAGCGGGACCCCACAGCUGAUCCGCACCAGCACCAUCGCCAACGGGGCUGGCGGGAACGGGCCGUACCAUCCCAUUUCUCUCUACUCGAGCAAGGCCGUCCUCAAGAUUAAUGGCAAGCUCGAUACGAUGGCCGAGAACUGGACACAAGAGGAGUGGGACAACAGAAGGCGCAUCGUCAUGUUCCGCAAGAGUCAGACCGGCUCGACCCUCUCGGCCAGCUUUCGGGCUGUCCCCGUCAACGAGCGGCCCCCAAACAGCAUCUGCAUCUCGUGCAUCUGGUGGACGGAGAAGGGCGAGUGCUACGUCACAUCAGUUGACACCAUUCACCUCUUGGAACAACUCGUUGCGGCCCCGAACCGAUUCAGCGUCGAGGAGAAGAACCGCAUCCGUCGAAACCUGGAAGGGUUCCAUCCCCUCACGGUCUCGAAGGCGAAACCGGAGAGCGAAGAGUUCUUCAAGAUCAUCAUGGGCUUUCCGAACCCCAAGCCCCGCAACAUCGAGAAGGACGUCAAGGUGUUUCCUUGGAAGAUCCUCGAGCCCGCGCUCAAGAAGAUCAUUGGCAAAUACAGCGCCAGCCCUAGCAGCACCCUGCCUCCGGCCACGAUGAUCCCGGCCAGCGCACCUUAUGCCACACUACCGACUCCGCCGGGGCAAGGCAUGUCAUCGCAACAGAGCCUUCCCUCGCAGCACGGCGACCCCCAGAGCCAGUACUCUGUCCACGGUAGCCACCACGACUCGAUCCCGUCGCCGCGGUCUCUCUCCGGCUCGCAGGCAUCGUGGACGCCAUACACGACGGCCCCGGCGUAUCCGGCCGCUGCGGCUCGCACGCUGAGCCCCAACAUCCGACAUGCAAGCCCGCAGCAGCAUCAACCGCCACCUAUGCGCAUCAAUACCACUCCACUCCCCGCGGUGACGACGUACGACACGCGGACAGUGUCCACGGGAGGGUACAGCUCAACGGGCUUGCACACGCCCAUCAGUCACCACCCGUCCACAGCCACCCCUCCGCGAUGGGACACGCCCUCGGCCAGCUACACAGACAGCUACUCCAGCUUAGCCGCACACCACCCUCAGCCUAGCCACUCGGUUUACAACACGGCCGGGUACGGGGAUGGCGCACCACGCGCAUGA